UUGCAAGAAUCUGUGAGAAUGUUUUCACAGUCAGGAGGUUUAUAGAACAGACAAAAGGCUGUGUCGUCCACACACAAGGAUAAGGAAGCUCAGUCAGAGAGCUGCAGCAUCUCAGAUACACAACUGAUCCACUUUUCUACUUUCCCACAAUUCCUUCACAGGUUCCCGAUAAGCAGACUACGACCAUGGUUGAAUUCCUGCUUUACGUGGCUGCAUUCUGCAUGCUGAGCGGGGCUACAACAGCAAACAAGACUUUCAUCAGCUCUGGGGAGAUGAACAUCACCUCGUGCCCCAUCACCUAUUAUGGACAGAAAUACGACAAAGUCUAUGUGACCUUCAAUCAAAACAGAUUUGCAGUCUGCUUCAACAAUUUAUACAAGCCUGGAAUCAAAAACGACUGUAUCCUGAUGUCUGGAGGGACGGCUGACCGAGGAAACCUGGCAGUGCUUUCCAGAGAAAUCCCAACUGGGUCGGGGGUUCAUAAGCUUCUACCCAACUUGAAGGGAGCUGGACACUGUGUCAACAUAAUACCACUGAGAGACAGCCAACACUCUGAGAUUGAACAAGUUGAACUUGGCAAUUUUGGGGCCCAAGCAAUUCUGGCAAUCAAGACAUACUCUGGGUACACAAGCAGUGAAGUGGAGGCAGAUGCUCUGGUCGACGGCCUCACAGUUUCUAAACAGAGAUUCCAGACAGCUGAGACGAUCAAAGGCGUCAUCACAGAUGUGAGCGGAUGCAGACUCUCAGGUGUCAUUUAUAAGACAAAUACAACAGUAAGGAACCCAGACAUCUGCUCCACUGUAACCUGUGACGUGAAUGGGGUCGUGAGCGCCGUUAGUGACUGUGGUCCCAUGGAGCGCUGCCAGGGAAAUGACAGUUGCAUCUUAAACACUGUGUGCUCUGUGACUGGAUCAGCUGUUGUCGAUUUCAUUGGAAGAGUUCACUCUGUCCCCGAUCGUUGUGGAUACACUCUGCUGAAGCCCUCCACCAUCCCAGGCUUCCAGGUGCUGGGUGUUUUCAAGGAAAGACGUCGUAAAGACGUUAGUUUUCUGGACCGUGUGAUCUUGCAGACAGAUGGUGUUCAGAUUUCUCUGGAACAAGGCAGUAAAGUUCAGGUUAAUAACAAGAACGUGAUGCUCAGUGCCACGACUCAGGUGGUGUACGGUGUGGAGCUCUCUAAGGACCGGACAGGCGUGACUGCUAAGAUUACGUCCUCCAACUACAGCAUCUCCAUCCUCUUUGAUGGCUACACCGCACUAAUACACAUGACAGGACCAGAUGGAGCACCUGUGAAUGGUUUAUGUGGUGAUUCUGGGUCAACACUGAGUGAAGAAAGGGUCUCUGAACACAGUGCAACUGACUGCAAGAUAAAACAUAAUGAAGCUGCUGAUGGCACAGUCAACUGCAACACCAUCACUGGAUGGUGUAACGUCCUGAAGCAGGCUCCUUUCAGUGCUUGCAACUCAUAUGUUGACCCAGAGCCCUUCGUAACUUCCUGUACUCAAACACUGUGCAAAUACCCUGCAGUGGAUCAUCUCGACUGCCAGUUCCUAGAGGCCUACGUCCGAGCCUGCAGUUAUCAGGGCAAUGUCACAGUGGAGGAGUGGAGGGCAAAGACCAGCUGUUCUGAUGUUCCUCAAGUUUUCUGUCAGGACAAGUUCUGCAGUGCUCAUGAGUUCUGUGGUGUGGACAGUGUUAGUGGAGAAACUCGCUGCCACUGUCGGGCCAUCUUUGCCGCAAAGUACAAACCAACAAGCAGUUUUGGUGAGCCGACUGUCUGUGGGAAAAAGUCUGCUACGGUAACUCUGGCUAACUGUCUCUUGGAGGACAAAGGCAUUGACUACUCGCUCUUACACCUCAACGACAGGACCUGUAGAGGCAAAAUACACAACCAGACCCACAUGGUCACGUUCAACUUCAACAGCGACAAUACUUGUGGUGCAGUGAUUAUGGCAAACAACAGCCAUAUUAUCUACAAGAACACUAUCAUGACACAGAACAUCUCCAUGUUUGGCCUCAUCACCCGUCACGACCUUGUGCAUAUAGACUUCACCUGCUAUUACACUCAGCCAGAUGUCAACACCUUGGCAAUCAAACUUAAACACAGUUCUGUGAUCCAGCAGAUUGCCUCAGGAGAAUGGAAUUACAAUCUGACCAUGAAUGCCUACGCCAGCCCAGACCACAUGCAAGCUAUUGAGUCAAGCACCGACAUUCAACUCAAUGAAAAACUCUGGGUAGAGUUGAAGACCGAAGGACUAGAUGAAGAAAUGGUUGUAGUGGUGACUGACUCCUGCUGGGCAACUGAUCAACCCUCACCGAGUGGAAGCCUGAGAUAUGACCUCAUCAUAAAAGGCUGCCCUAACCAUGCAGACCAGACGGUGAAGGUGGAUGGCAAUGGAAUGGGAACUUCCAGUUCUUUCUCUUUCAACGCGUUCCAGUUCUCUGGAAAUACUGGUGAUGUCUACCUGCACUGCAAAGUAGAGCUGUGUGUCAAGCAAAGCAAAACCUGCACACCGACCUGCAACCAGGCUCAGAGAAGACGCAGAUCUGCCAUGGCAAAAUAUGAGGAUGAAAACCCGGCCAUCAUUAGCAUGGCCUGGACUUAUUAAGAUAAAUUCAACUCUAUUCCAGCUGGCACUUGAACUGACCAACAAGCUUGAACAGAUGCCUGUUUCGUCAUCAUCCUAAUGAGGAGUCAUGUAUCAGUGCUGGCCAGUCUUGCAUAUGCAUGUGUUACAUCGAGGUUAAACAUUUUCUCAGCCUUGUUUCAUGAUUAAGACCCUCCAGUACUGUUUUAAAGAGGCAAACCAACAACUCCACCUUGAGCAGAGAAUAUGUGAACAAAUCGUUUGUGGAAGUUGUGUGAUCAAAAUGUGUGCCUGGGCCUUUCUCACUACUUUAUGGGUUGAUAAAGUGGAGAUGAAAUGAAGAUGCAAGACGUUAUCUUGUACGUUUUUUUGAUUUUGUGAAGAGCAACGGUACCUUUUGUUCUAAUUGCUAUAAUCCAAGACUAGAUAUAUAUAGGGUUUUACUAAUAGUUGCAGGCUGAAUUUAAAAAAUGUAACUUUCAAUCUGCUGCCAAAGUAUGCUGCAUUUUUAUCAUUUGCCUUGACUAUAAUCUCAAUAAAAAGCUUAAGUGUC